GGUGCGGGGUGCGGGGUGCGGGUGCGGGGUGCGGGGUGCGCACCUCAUGCAGGCCAGCGGGGGCUGGCGGCCUGGAGCGCGGCUGGCGGCCAGACGGAGGAUCAGAGAGAUGGUGGAGACACAGGAAUUCGUAGAUGCAAGAAUCCAGAGCAACCAACAAUCAGCUUGAGGAGCUCAGCAGGUUGAACAGCGUCUGUGGGCAUAGAAAUGAUGCGACCUGACCAGCUGAGUAUUCACGAUCUCUCGAUCUGCCCUGUCUUCACUGAUAGCAGACCGGGGUCACUGGCCCUGCAGCUGGCCGGAUCUGCAUCACUUCAGAAACAACAUCUCCGUUCCUGACACUGAACAGUCGAUCUCCAUCAAAGACCUCUGGACCAAGGAGUAGGAAAGCUGGCUUUGUCACCACUGACCAACAUUGGGACACUCUAGUUUAGAGAGUCGCAUUGCAAUGUCGUCUCCACCAUGUCCUCAGCUGUCCCAGACUCCCGACGCCGAUCGAGACCCCUCUCCCCCUGCAGUGGGGCAAGAGGCAGGGGAUCCCCGGCCAUCUUCUUUCAUCAUGUCCCCGAGGUCGCCAGCAACAGCAGCAGCCAAAAUCACAGCAGAGGAGGAGCCGUCCACCCCUAGGACAUCUACACAGGAGGAGGGGCUGGUGUGGACCCCCAAGCAGGAGGAGGAGGGGGACGAGCUCUUUUCCACCCACCCUGACCUUGAAACAGACCCCGAAGCCAACCCCGAUGCUGACCCUGAAACUGACCCUGACGCCGGCUCUGACCCCGACCCCGACCGUGAACCUGAGGCUGAACCUGACCCCUUCGAGGAUGCGGGAUGGGGUGACGACUCUCCCCCCAGACUUCCUGAGCCCCCUGAUUCAGGGGGAGUGCGGGAGGGCUUCUCUCCACCCCUGCUGGGCCACAAUGGGGCAGUCACAGAGCCCCUCCCACACGCCGGUGUGGAGGAAGAGGAGGAGGGGGUGAAACGUCAACGCCGGCCCAAUCGCUUCCCAUGCCCCGAGUGCGGCAAAGGUUUUGCCUGCCCCUCCCACCUGGAGCGGCACCUCCGCACUCACACCGGUGAGCGCCCCUUCGAGUGCUCCGUCUGCGGAAAGACCUUCGCCACCCUCAGCCACCUGGCCCUGCACCGGCCCCGGCACGGGGCCCCCCGUCCCUUUGAGUGCGCCAUCUGCGGCCGCUGUUAUCCCACCUACUCGGAGCUCUCCUCCCACCAGCGUUUCCACAGCGGCCGCCGCCCCUAUCCCUGCCAGCUGUGCCCCAAGCGCUUUUACACUUCCAGCGAACUGCGGGCUCACCAGCUGGCCCACACCGGCGAGCGACCCCACCCCUGCUCUGCCUGCGGCAAGCGCUUUGGCAGGCUGGGGCACCUGCUGGAGCACCAGCGCACCCACACCGGCGAGCGACCCUUCGAGUGUCCGCUCUGCGGCAAGCGUUUCCACUCCAGCAGUAACCUGACCCGGCACCGCCGCUUUCACAGCGGCGAGCGCCCCUUCGCCUGCGGUGAGUGCGCCAAGCGCUUCUUCACCUCCGGGGACCUUCGACGGCACCAGCAGACCCACGGCGGCGAGCGUCCCUUCUGCUGCGGCGAGUGCCCCCGCCGCUUUUACCGUUCCGGUGACCUAGUCAAGCACCAGCGCACCCACGGCGCCGAGCGGCCCCACGGCUGCCCGUCCUGCGGCAAGCGCUUCUGCACUGGCAGCGAGCUGAAGAUCCACGCCCGCUUCCACAGCGGCGAGCGCCCCUUCCCCUGCUCCCAGUGCCCCAAGCGCUUCUACACGGCCAGCGAGCUCCGGGUGCACGGGCGCACCCACACCGGUGAGCGUCCCUACUGCUGUCCGCUGUGCGGCAAGUCGUUCUACCGCUCUGGUGACCUGAGCAAACACCGCCGCACCCACACUGGUAUCAAACCCUUCGCCUGCACCCACUGCCCCAAACGCUAUUACACCUCCAGUGAGCUGGGCGUGCACUGUCGCACCCAUACCGGCGAGAAGCCCUUCCGCUGUCAGCUCUGCUCCAAGGGUUUCUACACAGCUAGUGUGCUGGCCAAGCACAGGCUGACCCACGCUGCCUCGCCCAGCGGCCUCUUCCAGUGCCGUCUCUGCCCCCAGCGCUGCCCCAGCGCCGCCCGCCUACGCCUGCAUGAGCGCCAGCACUCUGGCGAGCCCGCUUUCCAGUGCGGCGUGUGCCAGCGCCGCUUCUACACCGCAGGUGGCCUCAGCAAACACCAGAACGUGCACGAUCCGGUGGCCGUGGCGGCGGCGGCUGCCCAGCAGCGACUGGCUGACGCCCGCACCCAGCAGCUGGCCGAGGCUGCCGAGCGGCAGCUGGAGGAGGUCCGUGCCCAGCAGCAUGUGUCCGAGGUCAUACCUGCCAUGCCCGACCCCACCCUCGGCACCCGUCCUCCACCCACCCUCUUCGAGUGCGGCAUGUGCAAGCGAGGCUUCAGCUCCUGGGCCGAGCUGCUGGCCCACCAGCCGCAGCAUGAGGGGGAGCGGGCGGUCCAGUGUGCCACCUGCCGCCAGCUGUUCGUGGCACCGGCGGGCAGCGAGGAGGGGGGGGGCUUAGCAGGCCUGGGGACGGGAGGGGGUGCGGCCGAGCCCGAGGACGCACACUGUCCCCUCUGCCGGGGACACUUGGCUAGUUUUGACAUCGGCGGCUUCGGCCUGGGCGUCUCCAAUUUCGAGCUUUGCCUGCAGGGGGCCUUCCCUGGCGGCCCCGCCCCUGGAUGGGACGGCACCUCCGUGGGGGACCUGUGUGGACAGGGUGCUCUUGCCCACCCCUCUGCCUGGCAGGGGGGCACUGGAGGGCAGUAGCUGGGUAAUGGCAAAGGGGAUGUGGGGGGAGUGGAGCGGCCUAGGGUUGGGAGAUCUCGCGAUGUUUUCAUCCCUUCCUUCCUCCCUAACCAAUCCCUGCAGCAACUGGGGAGCAGAGAAGGGACGUUCAGUGAGGGUAGUGAGUGUGAGAGCGAGGAGUGCAGAAUGAAUGUCACCGUGUGAGUCGGUCAGCGAGAGUGAAUGAGCCGAGAGAGGAGUGCCUGGGUGUGAAUGUGGAUGUGUCGGUGAGAACAAGUGUGAUUGAGUGGAAGAGUGAUUGAGCCAGUGCAGGUGAAUGGAAAGCAGGAGAGGGUGUGAAAGAGGCAAUGAAAAUGAACGAGUCUGAAUACAUGAAGCAGAGAAGCUGAGUGGAAGAUGGGUGAGUAAAGCAGAGAGAGAGUGGGGAGAAAGAGGGAGUGAGUGAAUAAAUGAAUCAAAGAGUGAAUAAGUGGCAGAGGAUGAUGGGGAGAGUGUGGAGGUGUGAGAGGGCGAGGAGGAGUGGAGCUGAGUAAGGCCAAAACCAAUCGAUACCACUGUGCCCCUCCCUCGACCAGCCCCCCUCCCUCUGCUGAGGGGUACUGAGCCCACCGUGCCCCUCCCUCCAUCAGUGCUCCUGGUGCGGGAUACUGAGCCAAGCCACCGCAGGAAUCAGGCAGCCGUGGGGUGGGGUGGGGGGUCCGGUCCGGAGGAGCUUCCUCCAAUGUCCAAGCCCCCUUUUGUCUCGAUCUGUUGCUUCUCCUCUGUACAAUGUGAAUUAAAAUGGAAGGUGAUAAUACAAAACUCAUAGUGCU